AUGGAGGACCAAUACGUGGGAUUUCCCUUUGAUACGCGGCUGGACCCGGAUAUCUCGGAUUUUGACAGCAGCACUGACGAUGAGGACAACUACCAGCUCGAGAUGACCAACGCGUGGAUUCUACAUGAUGACACAUGGGCGCACAUUCCGUAUGAUUAUCGAACACCCGAAAACGUGCCCCAACCGAUGAAGCCGCAACUUUUACACCAGGCGCACAAUGGACUGUCGAAUCUUCAGCUUGGUCACAACCAUACCAUUUGCCCCGUAGCAAUGCUCUGGGCCACAAGACUCCUCUGGAGUAAGAUGCAGCCUCCAGAGAUGGCAAAAGACCCGCAAUUGUCUGUUUUCAUGAUGCCUCCCACUGGACCAGAGCCAUGGAGUCAGGAUCGCAAGAUCCAGAACGAUUUCUGGCAUGCCGAGUCCGACGAAUAUAGGGCUAAGGCGUCUGUUGAAAUAUGCCGUGGACGCAUCUAUAUUUGGCCCAUAUUUGUGGUGGACGACUUCGGGAGUGAUUGGGUGACUUUAUGGUGGAAACAGAAGGAAUGGUCCAAGGAGGUCGCUGAAGCGGAUAGACAUGGCUGCCAAGGCUUUGUGGAUUGUUUGGCGAUUAUCGACCCACGGCUGGAUAGUAAGUGGUCUAGUGAUGCCAAACCUGCAGCGAGCAGGUUCAAAGAACGACGUGACCGCAUCCGCUUGACUCUCCAUGAGUACCUUGAUGAUUAUGGAGUCUACCUCGGGCCAGAGGAUAGCACCUUGGACAAAUUUAUCUAUAUCGCUUCGAUGGGAGAUGAAGAAAAUACCAGCGGAGAGCGCUGUUAUGCAGCUAUCAAGACAUUGCUCAACCGUCUUGCUGAAGCAUACGCAGUCGCUAACGACACUAAGAACAAAUCAAAGUCUGACAACACCGCCUAUCACGCAACCAUAGAGUCGGAACUGAGUCAGAUCACCAAUCCCCAGGACCGAGUGAUUAGCCCGCAGCUGAUCCGCAUGGAAAUGACUGGUCUGCUUGCCUGGUCAUGUUUGAGCCACUUUGACUACAACGCGAGGAUUGCGAUCGAACACUUGCCACCCGGAGUCAAGAUCCCUUUCCAGUCCACGGGUGGCGUCGAGUUAGAAUAUACGCCCACGGACAUUGGCAUCAGGACUGAAGCGAAGAUUGCCCCUCCUCCACCAGAUACCUUGACACAACUAUUUCAAAUUUAA